AUGAAGCAAGAGCUGCGAGAGACAUGGACCCCCGGCAUCAAUGUCUUAACAUGGUUCAUGCUGAUUACAGCUAUAUUGAGUGUUUCCACUAGGCUGGGAACCAAGUAUUGGAUCUUUCGGAAGUUGACGGUCGACGAUGCCCUCAGUAUCGGGGCACUGGUCACCUGCAUUGCGCAGUCAAUUGCCAUCUCAAUAGCUACUCAGGGUGGUCUGGGACAGCAUCGGAAUACCUUGCCAGCCGCUAGUAUAGAGAAGAUGAUGAAGUCUCAAUAUGCAGCGAAUAUCCUCUUUAUCGCCACUAUGUGUUGCUCGAAACUCGCCCUCGUGAUGUUCAUUCGCAAUCUGACUCCCACCACCCUAGACCGUCGCUUUGCUCUUGGACUUGGGGCCUUCAUCGUCCUAUGGACAAUUACGGGUAUAUUUACAGCGGCCUUCCAAUGCCGGAUGCCAGAUACCUGGAAUUACUUGCAGGCGAAAUGCUUCGACUUGAUCGCUUGGUGGAACUACCUUGGGACCACCAAUAUUCUAUCAGAGGCCGGGAUCAUUGCCCAGGCGUUGUUAGUGAUUGUCCGGGUGCAAGCAGAUGUCCACAAAAAGGCCGUCCUAGCCAGUGUGUUCUUAUUUCGAGUUGUCGUCGUUGUUGCUAUUAUUUGUCAACUAGCCUAUGCCAGGGUCGCGAAGGGAUCAACCGACUCAUCUUGGGACGCAUGGGCAGUCGUCGUUUCUACGCAAAUAACCCAGACACUUAGUAUCGUCACGGCUUGUUCGCCCCAAUUCAAGCCUUUCCUCGAUAGUCUCCGAUCAUCCGGAAUGAGCCUAGGGGGAACAAACUAUGGCAGUCGACAGAGAACUUAUGCUAUGACGUCUUACAAGGCGUCUCUUGGUGGUCGCACUGGAGAUACACCGAGUGAGGCCCAUGAGCUAGUCACGAUGCCGGAGGGAGGUGUCAAUCGGACUAUCGUCAGCUACUCUCCAGAUUGCGACGCGGAGAGCCUGUCGAGUCAGUCACAUAUUAUUCUCGAGACCCGGACAUGGAUAGUGACUGAGACCCGGCAUGAGUAA